AAGUUUCUUUCAAGAGCUUUGACUUUACAUUGGUAUGCUCUCUCAUACCUCUCGGGGUUAUCGGGGGAAGUAUAACGUAUAAUUUCUAAGCUCGUCUCUUUCUCUUACUGUUUCAUAGAGGGCGAUUGACACAAUGAUCAUCUACAGCAAAACCCAGAUUAGUGUUGAAAAUGUUGAAACUAGCAGCCAUGCUCGGAGGUGAUGAACAGAUUCCGUCCGAGGAAGGUUCGAAAAGUCCACAAGGCAUAUCUAGUACUCCAUCUUCAUGUGAUUAUAGCGUGCAUGGACUGGAUUGUUUAGUGAGCUAUGGAGAUUAAGAACCAGAAGCCGAGAGCUCGAAGUCUUGGCAAAUGGCUUAAGUGGAAGCACAAGAGAGGUGACCCAUUUCAUUUGACUGAAGUUUCAGAUGGGGGUGAAGAUCAGAGUGGUGAUUACUUGGAUAAUGUUCUUGUUCGGUCGACGGAGAAUGAUCCAUGCAUUUCAAUCAAUGAAUUAAGAAUCUUUGUGGGUACUUGGAAUGUUGCUGGAAGAUCUCCAAUAGGAAGUCUAGCUGUAGAUUUGGACGAGUGGUUGAAUCUAAAAGAUGCCGCCGACAUGUAUGUUCUUGGAUUUCAGGAGAUUGUACCUUUGAAGGCCCGAAAUGUAUUAGGUGCGGAAGACCCAACUGAAGCAACAAAUUGGAACAUGCUUAUAGGGAAAACUCUGAAUAACAAAUAUGGAUGCCCUUGGUUGACACCGAUGUUGAAUAUAAUCUCAAGUGAGGAUUACAACUAUGUUGGAAGCCCCGACUUGAGCAGAAGGAAAAGUGUUGGCAGCCGUAUUGGCACUCCAAUGAGAGAGAGAACAAGGAAUCAACAUGAGAAGCUAAACGGAAGCAGUAAGUACAAGCUAAUGGCAAGCAAGAAGAUGGUUGGAGUCUUUGUAAGUGUGUGGAUGAAAAGGGAAUUGCUCAGGAAGUAUUGCGUUUCAAAUGUGAAAGUCUGUUCAGUUGCUUGUGGCAUCAUGGGUUGUUUGGGAAAUAAAGGUGCGGUUUCUGUUAGCAUGUCAAUUGAAGGUACUAGUUUUUGCUUCAUUGCUGCCCACUUGGCUUCUGGUGAGAAAAAAGGCGACGAAGUCCGAAGAAAUCACCAAGUCUCGGAGAUUUUCAGGCGAUCUUCUUUCAGUCGAUCCCAAAAAAACGAUAACAGUUCUCCUCCUCUCACCAUCUUAGGACAUGACCGGAUAUUCUGGUUUGGGGAUCUCAACUAUAGGCUAUGCUUGGAGGACAGUUUUGCUAGGCAGCUGAUAAAGAAGCAAGACUGGAUAGCGUUGAAAGAGUUUGAUCAGCUCCGAAAGGAACAAGAAGAUGGAAGAGUAUUUCAGGGUUGGAAAGAGGGAAACAUAGAUUUUGCACCAACAUACAAGUAUUCUUCCUCAAAUCAUAAUCGUUACUCGGGUGGCCUUCCAAGCAGAUCAGGAGAGAAGCAAAGGACUCCAGCAUGGUGUGACAGAAUUCUAUGGUAUGGGAGAGGAACAAGACAAUUAUCCUAUUUUCGCAGUGAAAGUAAGUUCUCUGAUCAUCGACCUGUCUCUGCCCUAUUCUCUACACAAAUAAAGCUGUUGAGUCUACCAGUCCAGGAGUUAUUGCAAUGCACACCAUUUUUCCCACCAUAAGGCCUCCCAAUCAAAGUGGACUGAGUGACACAUGAUUAAGUGGCUAAAUCAAUUCCUAUAGUUGAUUGUAAAGGAUAUUGAAGCAUCACCAACACAGAUGCGUAACUGUAUGUCAAACAGAAUGGAUACAGCUGGCCUAUGUAGCUGCAGGCUGGCUUCUCCAGAUAUGCUAUUGUCUCAGUCUUCUACUAAUUUCUCCGUUUUCUUUGGGAUCCUUAUUUUUUUCGCAAUGGAAACUAGAUCUGAUAGAUGAAAAUCAUGAAAUGUAAAGAAUUGGAAUGUCUUAAUAGGGAAUUAUCCGGCGAAACAUAGGGCAUGAGGGUGUGAACAUUGGGAUUCUUUGAAACGUUUAUGGAAAUAAGCUGAAAGAAUAUUAAUGAAGCUUUAUAGCACAAAAUACAAUUCCAGACAACUAGCAUUUUUUUAUCACCUUUUGCACAAAAUGGGCAAUCGUCGUUCCUAGAACACAGGGCUUUUGUUCAACUUCUAGAGCCAGUUGUUUUCCAUAUGAACAUAAGUGCCAUGAAUGUGUAGACCCACAAGUUCUCAAUUAUAGUGUAUAUAUGAUAAGAUCAAUACUAUGAAUGCAGUGAUACCAAGUAGACUACUUACAAGGGAUCAGUUUGCUUCAUUUGCCUGAAGAAAUCCAUCCAGAGCCUCCACAUUAUCCAGAUGACACCUGGGACAUAUACAUCUCCUCUGCAGCUCCUCACCGAGAGAAGCACACGUCAAUUCCAAUUCAGAAGUCUGCUUGUUUCCAGUCAAAGAAACAUUCUUGGUACGUUGUGCUCAGAAACUAUGUUACUUGAUGUACAAGUGAAAUAGCUCAGACCACAAAAAAGAAAGCAUAGUUUCCUAUUAUAUGCUAAUUAAUUUUAAUUAAACAUUAAAGGC